CAUACGAAGGAACAGUGAUAGAAGAAGACGAGAGUAAUGACGGCUGAUCUGUGUUGUGAUUGUGACAUAAAUUAUUGGACCAAUGGGAUUUGGGUUCCCACCAAAUACGAAUUCUCUAAUAUCCCAUUCGCCUCCGCUUCCCUUUUCUUUUUGCAAAUUGCAUUCUCUAGACUGGGUCCUCUUUGCUCCUAUUUAAUCUUUGACCCAACUGGAAAUUACCAUCACAACCGAGGAAAUUCAUUCCGGGAUCGCUGUUCUUCAGCCGACGAGGUCUAAGGAGUUCGUGUCUGUUCUGGGUUUUGCUUAAUUUCAUCAAUUUCGUUUGUUUUCGCCCCUCUUUCGGAAUUCUGCUGCUUGCUGAUCAGUUAACUUAACCUUCAGUUAUCAUUGUGCAAGAUGUUUUCUCUGACUGAAUAUAAUGAGGCUAAAGAAUGAGUCAUCAAGCUGGUCUACUGAUCAUUGGCAUAUCUGUUGGUUUGGCACUUGGUAUUUUAAUUGCUAUCCUGGUAUUUUAUAUCAUCAGAUGGUACCGAAAGAAUGCGUAUCUUCGGCGAAGUACAGAUGAACGGAGUUUAGAAAAUAUUCAGAUUCGAACGAAUGGCUCGAAUGCAAGUACUGAAUUUAGUGCAUCUCUUUCUGGUUCCAUUGCUUUUCGGGGAUCUGAAAUGCUUCAUAAUGGUUCCUGGUCGCCUUGGAGGAGUCAUCACCACAAAGACAUAGUUGCUUCAGCAUCCGGUGUUCUGAAGUACCCUUACAAGGAUAUUCAGAAGGCUACAGAGAACUUCACUACGCUUUUGGGACAAGGGUCAUAUGGUCCAGUUUAUAAAGCGAAGAUGGCCAAUGGAGCAGUUCUUGCUGUUAAGGUGCUUGCUUCAGACUCCAAGCAGGGUGAAAAUGAGUUUCAAACAGAGGUAAGUCUACUAGGAAGAUUGCAUCAUCGUAAUCUUGUGAAUUUGAUGGGGUACUGCAUUGAUAAAGGAAGCCAUAUGCUAAUUUAUGAGUUCAUGAGUAAUGGAAGUUUGGACGAUCUUCUUUACAAUUCAGAAAAUCGUGUCUUGAGUUGGGACGAGAGGCUACAGAUUGCUCUUGAUAUCUGUCACGGAGUCGAGUACCUUCAUGAAGGGGCUGUUCCUCCAGUCAUACAUCGUGAUUUGAAGUCUGCCAAUAUAUUGUUGGAUCAUACAAUGAGAGCUAAGGUUGCUGAUUUUGGGCUGUCAAAGGAAGAAGUUUUUGAUGGCCGGAAUUCUGGUCUGAAGGGUACAUACGGCUACAUAGACCCGGCAUACAUGGCUACGAACAAGUUCACGAUGAAGAGCGACGUCUAUAGUUUCGGCAUAAUCAUUUUUGAACUAAUCACAGCCAUUCAUCCACACCAAAAUUUAGUGGAUUAUAUCAAUCUCGCUGGAAUGAGCCCUGAUGGGAUUGAUGAGAUAAUUGACAAGCAACUAGGUGGAGAAUACAACCUUGAAGAAGCAAGAAAGCUAGCUGAAAUUGGUCAUAGAUGCUUGCAUAAUAUUCCGAGAAAACGACCUUUAAUUAGCGAAGUUUCGCAGGCGAUAUUGAAGAUAAAGCAGAGGCGACUUGGGAAAGUUAAUAACACGUCUUUUGCUAGCAUAGAUCUUACAAGAGCAGUGAGCAGAAUUGAGGAACAACAGGUGGAAUUGGGUAGGAUUGCUGGCCUAGCGUGAAUCAUUUCUAAUGAUUUUAGAUGUUUUUCUUUUGGCUUUCCUCAAUCUUUGUUAUACGUUCUUCCAUUUCCCCCUCUUAAAGAAAAAGAAAUCAUUGUUGUGUUGAACCUGUGGCUUUCAUUUUGCCCCCUUUGCUUAAUAACUUGGGUGGGUGAUACAGAUUUUUGUUAUACAAAAACCAUGUAGUAAUAUUCACUGUCCGAUUUUAACAAUUUAUGUA